AUGGUGCACGAUGGGGAUGGUCCUGCAGCAAGAGGAGGUCGAAUGGCGGAGCAGCAGCAAGACGAAGUGGGGCCAGUGUCGGCCUUGGCGUGGAGCAAGGGAAGCAGAGCUUCUGGAGGCUUGAGGGGCCCCGGACUUCGGGCGUGCGAUGCCACCGGGAGGAGGCGAGACAAGGCGUCGGAGGAAGCUGAGCAGCAGUAA